AUGCGAUCGAGAAACCCUACACCGACGCUUCUUGAAUAUGCACAGCUCUUUGGUCCAACGAUGAAAGAGAACGUCAAGCAGUUGACCAAAUGCGGCUUUCAUUACUUCACUGCCUCCUCAUCAUUCUAUGAGCUCCCUGACGGUGGCAGUCUCCACUUUACUGAUGUUCCAGUCAUCCCGCAACUCCCGACAAAAUCCAUGCCCAUUGACGAUCAGAAGGUUCUUCGUGACUGGCGUGACAAUUACGGCCAACCAGUUGCACAAGUGACCGUAAGAAAUCAAUCCACUAAGGACAACGUUGGAACUCUUCCACUUUACUCCUAUACCAGGCCGCAGCCCAUACCGCAACCACUGUCAUUCUCUUUCCCCACUGAGACCUCGUCCUCAAGGCAAGGCAGCUUGCACUCCAAUGUCUCCAAUGCUGAAUUGUUAUUUUCUUCGCAAAACCGUUCUGGCUAUAAAACCAGGCCUUGUCGGCCUUACUGAAAGGACACUUAUUUCCACACCUUUUUAUCUUGGAGUUGCAGCUGAAGAUAUCUACCAAGACCAGCAUAGAGCUUAUUUGCCAAAGAUCAAUAUUUUUAUCCCUCCGAACAAAACAUCUACCUUUUGAAAGAAAUGAUCAAGUCGAUUUACCCAAGGAAGCUGUGGGAUUGGUACUUGAUGCCUUGACACCAGCGGCUAGCGAAGAAAUAAUACUGCCAGAAGAAAUUUACGAAGGAGUUGUCAGUGUUUUUAGAGAGACAAGGGAUCUGUGCAUUGAAGGUGAUGAAAGCAUAACAGAUUCUGUUGCAGAUGAAGCAGACUUCUCCGACGAUGAGCUAAACAGUGUGGUCUGUGUUGACUCUGUGACCCUGCCAACCAUCUCCACGUCUCGAGUCGGAAGAAAUAUCCGUCCACCGACCAGACUGGACUUGUAA